AUGGGAAAUGAUACGAAUCCUGCUGUCGUCGACACAAUUCAACCUCAACCUCCGGUCAAAGUCUUGCCAGCCACUGAAAAUGCUCCUUCAGGAUCAUCCCAAACAAAACAAGAUGAGGAGCCAGAAUACUUGGGCUCCCGAGCCCUGACGGUACUGAUGGGUGGGCUCCUGUUGGUUGUCAUCGUCAUGACCCUCGAUGCAUCAAUCCUCGCUACCGCCAUACCCUACAUAACCAACCACUUCCACACCAUCGCCGACAUAGGAUGGUAUCCGGCCGCAUACAUGAUCUCCGCUGCCACUCUACAACCCCUGACCGGCAAAAUCUACACCUACUUCUCCCUAAGGUACUCUUUCGUCUGUUUCGUCGUGGUCUUCGAGAUUGGCUCUAUCAUCUGUGCUGUCUCGACGUCCAGUGCGAUGCUGGUCGUUGGCCGUGCCGUCACUGGAAUGGGAGCCUCCGGGAUUCAAAAUGGAGCCAUGACAAUGAUCGCCGUGGCGGCACCGCCAUCGCGACGGCCCACGUUGAUGGGUAUUCUCAUCGGCAUGGCAGGAGGAGGACAGCUCAUCGCUCCCUUGAUCGGUGGUGCCUUGACUCAACAUGUCUCAUGGCGCUGGUGUUUCUGGAUCAAUCUCCCCAUAGGCGGCAUAACUUUGUUGGUCAUGUUGAUCAUACAAUUGCCGGCGUACAAGAAUCGCAAAGGAACCUGGACCUUUCCCGAUGUCAUUCACGAUUUCGACAUCACUGGGUUCUUGAUCUUCGCCCCAGCUUGCAUCAUGCUGCUACUGGCGCUGGAGUGGGGCGGAUCAAGCCAUUCCUGGUCUUCGGCGACGAUUAUCGGACUCUUUUGCGGUUCUGGCGGCACCUUCAUCGCAUUCUUCGUCUGGGAGUAUUUGCACGGCGAGGCUGCCAUGAUUCCACUUCCUGUGAUACGCCAGCGUGUGGUGUGGAGCAGCAUGGCAGUCACGUUCUUCCAGUUUGGAGGGCUGUUGAUCUUCGCAUAUUAUUUACCCUUGUACUUCCAGGUCAGCAAGGGUGCGAGUCCGACCAUGAGCGCCGUCUACACACUCCCAACAUUUAUCUCACAGAUUGCGAUGGCUGUGCUCAGUGGGGUAGGAGUAUCGAAGAUCGGGUAUAUGGCUCCCUUUGCGAUUGUCGGAUCGGCACUUGUGACGCUGUCCGCCGGCUUGAUGAGUACGCUCAGCGUCCACACCAGCACCGGCAAAUGGAUCGGCUACCAGAUCAUCAACGGCGUUGGACGGGGUGCAGCCAUCCAGAUACCUUUCAUUGCGGCGCAAUCUGUGGUCAAGCCGGAUAUGGUGCCGACUAUUACCGCUCUGGUAGCAUGGACGCAGACUUUUGGUGGAGCCGUUUUCAUCGGUCUCGCGCAGACGGCGUUUAUCAACAUGUUGAGGAGUGCGUUGGCAAAAAAUGCUCCGGGCGUCGAUGCCAGCGAUGUCAUCGCUGCUGGUGCCACCAAUUUCCUGGCCGAUCUUGCUGCCAAAGGCGAGAAAACGACAAGGCAUGGUGUGUUGCUGGCGUAUAAUCAGGCUAUUGCUCAUACGUUUUAUCUUGUUGUUGGACUUGGUGCUGCUACCUUUGUUUGCACCUUUGGGAUAGGGAAGGCGAAGAGUGAGAAGAAAGAGAAAGCUGUGAACGCCGAUAUGGAGAGUGCAAAUGGCAGUGAGAAGAAGAACGGCGCCAAGAAGCCCGUCUCGGCCGCAGGUGAGAACGAAAACGGGGUGAUAGGCGAGGAUGGCGAGAGGUGA